AAAACUCUACUUUGCAUCGUAUUUUCAAUCUGGAAAAGUUCCCGCAUCUGAAAAAAGCUGGAAAAAAUAUAUCUGUACCAUCAAACUCUACCAAAGAUCUGGAGCAUAGGAGUUGGGGAAACCACGAAAAAGAAGAACAAAGGGAUAUCUGGUGUUUGUUGUACUACUACAUGGUGGGAAAAGCGCGUUGUUUAGCAUUUUCAUGUCCAAUGUUUUCGACUAUGGGGGAAUACUUUGCCGCAAAAGUCUCAGGCUUGAGCAGGGGAAAUGUACAUGUACGGUCAGGGAAGGGGAUAGUCUUUGGCGUUCUCAUUUUCAUAGUGGUGGUCAAAAGAGCAUGUAGCAUGUACAACAGUAUCUGGUUUAAUUUACGAUAUUAUUCAACAUACCGAAAUACCUUGUUACGCCCAGCUUCAACUCAACCACCCGAGGACGUGUGUCAUGAUGCAGCCAACUCUGUAGACUUCUUCUUGCGCUGAAAUCGCACCCUAUGCCUUCUGCAACUUAGAAGCUCUGUCUAGAGCAAUAUCACACAUGGCCUGAAUGGCCUCUUGCCGCUCAGCUUUGAUAUCACCCCGAUCAAUACGCGA